AUGACCCAGUUGCGACUUAUCUCAGCCAGUUCAGUUACUCUGGUUUCGAUCUUGAAAGAAUUAGAACUUCCGAUGAGCAGCACAGCGGGAGCCCGAACUACGAGAGCACAAAUCCAGAGAGGACAUGACCGUGGCCGUGGAAAUCAAACGGAGACUUUUGUGACUCCUAUUAACCAGCCUGCUGGCGGCGUUCAACAAACCUCUGGAGGUGUGGGACGGGGUCGAGGGCGCGGGCGAGGUCGAGGGCGCAUUUCACGGCUCUCUCCAAGUGGCACACAAUUGCGAACUGAUACACACCAAAGCGGGCAACAAUCUUCGACGUCAAACUCAUUUCGAAAUAUGAGAGGAGGCCGACGUCUUGGUACUUCAUGCAGUGUUACGGAAUAUGAGCGGGUUGCAGCUAGCACGCAAAUGCUCAAUUUCACGGUUCUUCGUUUUGUCCCUCGUGCCUAGCUCCUCCUGCUGCAGCACAACCCAAGGAUCGGGAUUCUAUGAGAGCCAAGAUGGCCGAGGCAGCGGAAUCUCGAAUUAAAGGAGAGGAAGGGACAUUCCAAGAAGAGAACAAGAAUUCGAAAGGAGAAUCAUGAUUUGUCAAGAUCGUGGACAUGGUUCACAGCCGGGCAGUGACCAUUGGUAUUAUUGGUGCUUAUCUUUUGUAGUUUGGUUUCAUUGCCUUGCAAAUAUCGCAGUGCUCCUUCGCAUUCUGUCAUAUGUCUGGGUUUCCUAAUGUCACUCCUUCUUGCGGGAUAUAUCUGAGCAUCGGCAGCCUUACAAACGUUUCUUGUGAGCGAAAUGAAUCUUCACCGAAAAUGAUGGGUACUGCAUAUAGUAUUAAAUGACCGUAGCUCAACCAAAAUAUAGUGGAACGCAACCAAUUUUCCCAUUUUCCCAAACCACCGUUAGUAAGGCCCCUCUGCCGAAUUGUGGAUGAAAGCCCAGAGCCAUUGGUAGAGGCGGUGCAUUGUUGCCGCUCCGUUCUACUGGACGCUGAUUCUGGGGACUUGCCUCCCAGUUCGAGGUCGUCGUGAUACGGGUAUGGCCCCGCUCUGGUGCGUCGACUUCCUGUCGGUAAGGGGACCGUGGGGGUUGAGGUUGUGGUUCACGU